AGGAUAAAAAACCCCUGUUCGUCCUGGAUUCACAGGGCUUUGGACUUGACUAUCAGAGGAAAGGAGUGAGCUUUCCGGGUGCCUCGAGCGACGAGAGAGAAGUAGCAAAUGGGCAAAGGUGGCAUGUCUCGCGAGGGUGGCGAUGAAGAGAACAUGGCUGCUUGGCUCGUUGGUCUCAACACCCUCAAGAUUCAACCUUUCACCCUCCCUCCACUUGGCCCCUAUGAUGUCAGAGUCAGCAUGAAGGCUGUUGGUAUAUGUGGGAGUGACGUUCACUAUCUGAAGACCCUAAGAUGUGCGCAUUUCGUGGUGAAAGAGCCUAUGGUGAUUGGGCAUGAGUGUGCAGGGAUCAUAGAAGAAGUGGGGAGUGAAGUCAAGACAUUGGUUCCAGGUGAUCGAGUGGCUUUAGAGCCAGGGAUCAGCUGUUGGCGUUGUGAUCAUUGUAAAGAAGGCCGAUACAAUCUCUGUCCUGACAUGAAGUUCUUUGCCACUCCUCCUGUUCAUGGUUCUCUCGCCAAUCAGGUGGUGCAUCCGGCAGACCUUUGUUUUAAGCUUCCAGACAAUGUGAGCUUGGAGGAAGGGGCAAUGUGCGAGCCCUUGAGUGUUGGAGUUCAUGCUUGUCGCCGAGCUAAUGUCGGUCCAGAGACAAAUGUUUUGGUAAUGGGUGCAGGGCCUAUAGGACUUGUUACUAUGUUAGCUGCCCGUGCUUUUGGAGCACCCAGAAUUGUCAUUGUGGAUGUUGAUGACCACCGCUUAUCAGUUGCAAAGGAUCUGGGUGCAGAUGAUAUCAUGAAAGUUUCUACAGAUAUGAAGGACAUACCUGAAGAGGUGGUGCUGAUACAAAAAGCGAUGGCAACAGAGAUUGACGUGAGCUUUGACUGUGCCGGUUUUAAUAAAACUAUGUCAACGGCAUUGAAUGCCACUCGAUCUGGUGGCAAAGUUUGCCUCGUGGGAAUGGGUCAUAACGAGAUGACUGUGCCGCUUACUCCUGCUGCUGCAAGGGAGGUUGAUGUAUUUGGCAUAUUCCGAUACAAGAACACAUGGCCUCUCUGCCUCGAGUUUCUAAGGAGCGGCAAGAUAGAUGUGAAGCCCCUCAUAACCCACAGGUUUGGGUUCUCCCAGAAGGAAGUUGAAGAUGCCUUUGAGACGAGUGCUCGUGGCGGCAAUGCCAUCAAGGUCAUGUUCAAUCUGUGAGGACAGAAUUGCGCCACGAAAUCAGAAAUCACAAAGUGAAUGAAGUGUCUUGGUAGGUAAAAUAACUACAACGAAUGACGGUAACAUGUCAACAGGCAUCCACAUGUUCAAUACCUAAUAAGGAAGCCGAGAGUAAUUAUUAGACCAUAAGGGCUUAUCUAAAUGCAAGAUGAAAUGGUGUGGCUAAUCUUCAGCCUGUUCGCCCAGUGUUAUCAUCUGUUGUGAUUGGAAAAACCUGGUGGUGCUUCAUGUCUCGGGGGACUAUAGCUAUUGAACUUUCCUGUUCAAGCUUAAAUAUCACAUCGAGAAAAGUUUGUCUUUCUUCGGCCCAUGAAGGUAGGAAUGCGGAGCUACUGAAAUCACGGUCCUGUCAUGUUUUGCUUAGGUUGUUGCCUUUUUUUUUUUUCCCUCAUUUUCCUCUCUGUCAUUUUAGCCUGACGAAGUGACAUAAAGGAGAUGAGUGAGAGAUUUGCUUAAGGUUCUUUGGCACGUAAGAAGCAGUAUUUUGCGAUCAGCUAGUGACAUGUUGCCUGAUGUUAAUACAUACGGGUGAUAUGUCAGAGGCAAAAAAAAAAA